AUGAUGAAUAGUUCACAAUUCAGUGAUAGUCAAACGACGUCUUUACAUCGAAUCCCAACUUUUUAUUGUUGUUAUUUAUUACAAUCAAUUAAUAAGAAACAGUCCUUUUAUAUUGGUUCGACACCUAAUCCAGUUCGAAGAUUGAGACAACAUAAUGGUAAUCUGAGCAAUGGUGGUGCUUAUAGAACUAAACGAGAAGGUACUAGACCUUGGGAGAUGGUCCUAGUUGUAUAUGGGUUUACAAGUAAAAUUGCAGCUUUACAGUUUGAGCAUGCUUGGCAACACGGCUAUAAAACCCAUUACAUACCAAUGGAUGAUAGGAUAAUGAAGAAUGCUAAUAGUGGUAGGACUGUUCAUCAUAAGUUGGGUCUAGUGAGACAGUUGUUGGCAAAUGUUUAUUUUAGGCAUAUGAAUUUAAAAGUCCAUUUCUUUAGCAUGCCAAUAUUAGACGUUUGGAAUUUAAAUAAAUUUAAUAUUAAAAUGGGUUCUAAUGAGAUUAGUGUAGAUGUGUCGCAGGUUUCUCAGGAAACAAAGACUAAUUUAGAACAGGCUAGUGAUGAUGAUGAUGAUAAUGGUGCUUGUAGUAGAGAUGAACGAAAUCUUCAAUUAGUGACCGAGUUGUAUGAUAAUACCGUCACUAAGGAAAAUGAAAUUAAGGAGAUUAUUAAAGACAUACUAGUUUUAGGUGAAAGGAAUUGUAAUUUAUGUGGUCAAUGUUAUGAUUAUACCUCGGAAGAUGAUACUAUGAAAAUGCAUAUUUUUAUAUGUCCAAACUCAACAUGUCAUUAUGAAGCGCAUUUAAACUGUUUGUAUGAAAAAUUUAUUGAAGAAGAAUCAGGAAUUGACUCAAAAAAUAUUCUUUUACCCAACUUCUGUAUGUGUCCUGGUUGUCUAGACGAAAUGAGCUGGUCUGAUUUUGUUAAAAUUUCAACUAUGAUUAAAAAUUCAUUUAGCAACUGA